CAUUAUCUCCAGUCCAUCAGAUGUUUGUGACUGAAGAAGAGUCUACCCCUGACUGGAGCCCCAGUUUGGACCAACAGGAUCAAGAACACUCGCACAUAAAGAAGGAAGAGGAGGAACAGCAGAUCAGUUGGGAGGAAGAGCAGCUUCCUGUAAAAAUAGAAGAUGAAGGGAAACCUCAGUCAACAGAGCUUCAUCAAGGUGUUCCUAAAGAAAACAGAAGGACAGAGGUUCCAACUUGUAGUUCAGCUCAACCUAUUGGAGAGAACGGCACAGAACCAGAAGUGCACAUAGAUCCAGCAUGUCCUUCCCAACAAAGUAAGAUGGCAGUCCAAAAAAGGUGUAAAAAACUAUGUUCCAAAUCUAGAACCCAGAUUGUAGUCCAGGGUGGUGAGAAACUAUUCAGGUGUAGUACUUGUGGCAAAAUAUUUAAAUAUAAGCGUUCUGUUAAGUUACACAUGAUACUUCAUACUGGAAUGGGAAAACAUAAGUGUGAUCUUUGUGGUAAAGGAUAUAUAGAAAAGCGUUCUCUUGAGGCGCAUAUGAGAGCCCAUACUGGGGAGAGACCAUUUUCAUGCAAUGUUUGUUUUAGAAGGUUUAGUACAAAGGGAAGUCUUAGAAUACACACAAAGCUCCAUUUAGAAGAAAAACCUUAUUCUUGUGAUCUUUGUGGCAAAAGAUUUUGGUUAAAAGCCGUCCUUAAAAAACACAAACAGAUCCACAGCACAAAGAAACCAUUUGGCUGUAGUGUUUGUGAUAAGAGGUUUUUACGACAAGGAAAUCUAAAGUCUCACAUGUAUACUCACACAGGAAUUAAACCAUUUAUUUGUGGUUUUUGUAGUAAAAGUUUUACCCAUUCAGGUAGUCUUAAGAGUCACAUGUAUAUUCACACAGGAGAAAAACCUUUUAUUUGUCGGGUUUGUGGUAAAACAUUUCCACGACAAAAGAAUCUAAAAAGACACAUGUAUGUUCAUACAGGAGAGAAACCGUUUGUUUGUGGAGUGUGCAGUAAAAGAUUUCCACGACCAGAGAAUCUAAAGAGGCACAUGCGUGUUCAUACAGGAGAAAAACCAUUUAUUUGUGUUGUUUGUAAUCAAGGAUUUUCACAACAACAUAUUCUAAAAAGUCACAUGCAUAGUCACACAGGAGAGAAACCAUUUAUCUGUGGUGUUUGUUGUCAAGGAUUUUUACAAAAAAGAAACCUGCAGAGUCACAUGCGUGUUCAUACGGGAGAGAAACCAUUUACUUGUGAUGUUUGUCAUCAAGGAUUUUCUCGACAAGAUGCUCUAAAAAGUCACUUGCGUGUUCACACAGGAGAGAAACCAUUCGUUUGUGAUAUUUGUAGUCAAGCAUUUUCACGACAAGAUGGUUUGAAAAGUCACAUGCAUGGUCACACAGGAGAGAAACCGUUUACUUGUGGUGUUUGUAGUAAAGGGUUUUCCCAAAAGGGGAAUCUAAAUAGUCACAUGCGUGUUCACACCAGAGAAAAACCUUUUGCUUGUGUUGUUUGUUGUAAAGCAUUUUCACAUUCAGUUAGUUUAAAGAGACACAUGGGUUUGCACACAAGAGAAACUAUAUGUUUGUAGCAGUAGAGGGGAAGCCUUUUCAUGCUGCGACAAUUCAUAAAAAGUGUGGAUGGUCACAGUGUGUGUUUGAAGCACCAGGGUCUGUUCAGAUUAGAAGAGUCCUUCAUAUGCAGCCAAUAAAUUUUAGCCUCGUGAGACCAUCCUGAUCUCGCGAGCUUUCAAGGUUUCACUCGCAGAUCAGUCUGGAGACUCUCCGUUAAAGAAAAUUUGGAACCGUUCACCAAA